AUGGCUUCUCUACAGAAAUUAUUCUACUUCUUUCCUCUUCUUCUUCUACCAUCCUUUUCAAUUUCUGAGCCUUAUAAAAAUAUCUCUCUGGGCUCAUCUCUCACUGCAGGCGGCGGCAACAGCAACAACAACGGCUCCUACUGGCCCUCCCCAUCCGGUGAUUUUGCUUUUGGGUUUCUACAACUUGGAAGAAAAGGCUUUUUGUUGGCCAUUUGGUUCAACAAAAUCCCUCAAAACACCGUUGUCUGGUCCGCCAAUCGGAACAAUUUGGUACCUGCAGGAUCCACAGUCCAACUCACCACUCGCGGUCAACUCCUGCUCAACGGCCCCGGAGGCAAUCAAACAUGGGCUACAAAUUUACUAGAUAAUAACGCUGCUUAUGCUGCCAUGCUUGAUAGUGGCAACUUCAUCCUGGCUGGGACUGGGAAUGAUUAUUCCCAAUUGUGGCAAAGCUUCGACACACCUACUGAUACAAUUUUACCAUCACAGACAAUCAGCGGAGAUCUUAUUGCUCCUUAUUCAGAAUCGGAUUACUCAGAGGGAAGAUUUCGACUCUCCAUGGAAAGUAAUGGGAAUCUUGUGCUAACUUACCCCGCAACUAUCCCUAUGCGUGCAACUCCCACAUCUUACUGGGAAAGUAAAACGGCAGGCUCUGGAAACAGGCUCGUUUUCAACCUCUCUGCCUCCAUUUAUGUCUCUGCAAGAAAUGAGAGUGCUGUGAAAACUUUGACCUCCAAUGCCCCUUCAACUGAGGAUUUCUACCAUCGAGCCAUUUUCGAGUACGAUGGAGUUUUCAGGCAUUAUGUGUACCCAAAGCCCCAUAAUGCUUCUCCCUGGCCCCAGGCUUGGAGUCGAGUAUCAAAUUCCGUACCUCCCAAUAUUUGUUUGCCAAUAGUCAGUGGCUUGGGAAGUGGGGCUUGUGGGUACAAUAGCUAUUGUAGUAUUGGAGACGAUCAGAGACCAACUUGCCAUUGCCCACGAGGCUAUGACUACCUUGAUCCUAAUGAUGCCAUCAAAGGCUGCAAACCCAGUUUUAUUCCUCAAAGUUGUGACGACCCAAUUCCUGAAAUUGAUGCCUUCGAGUAUUUUCCCAUAGAAAAUUCAGACUGGCCUGACUCCGACUAUGAAGCUUUUCACGGAGUAGAUGAGGACUGGUGUAGAAGAAUUUGUUUGGAGGAUUGUUUUUGUGCUGCUGUCGUUUUCCAAGAAUAUAAAUGUUGGAAGAAGAAAUUUCCUCUUUCAUUUGGAAGAAUUGAUCUUAACUUUACAGGUAAAGCUCUGAUUAAAAUUAGGAGAGAUAACUCUACUUCCAUACUUCCCAAUCGCGUCAAGAAAGAUAGGGACAAAACUUUAGUAGUCAUUGGGUCGGUUUUAUUGGGCAGUUCUGGGUUUCUUAUCUUCAUCUUACUGCCAACCACUUUUCUAAUUGUUCUUGGAUUAAAAAAAAAGAGAUCAAAGAUUAUUGACAGGAGGCCAGAAAUUCUGGGUGUGAACCUAAGAAUUUUCAGCUAUCAGGAGCUGAACAAGGCAACAAAUGGAUUCACAGAGCAGUUGGGAAGUGGUGCUUUUGCUACUGUUUAUAAAGGGAUUAUUGGUUCUAUGGACAACAAUUUGGUGGCUGUUAAAAAGUUGGACAAUGUGGUGAAAGAGGGAGACCAAGAAUUUAAGGCUGAGGUGAGCGCUAUUGCUCGAACAAACCACAAGAAUUUGGUUCAAUUGCUUGGUUUUUGCAAUGAAGAACCACACAGAAUGUUGGUGUAUGAGUACAUGCCAAAUGGUUCCCUCGCAGAUUUUCUUUUCGGGUCUUCAAAACCAAAUUGGUAUCAGAGAAUUCAAGUCGCUAUAGGGACUGCCAGAGGGCUAUGCUAUCUACACGAAGAGUGCGACACUCAGAUCAUUCAUUGCGACAUUAAGCCCCAAAACAUCCUUUUAGACGCCUACUUGGAGGCACGAAUUUCAGACUUUGGAUUGGCCAAACUGUUGAAAAAGAACCAAACUCGAACCAUGACUGCAAUCAGAGGAACCAAAGGUUAUGUGGCUCCGGAGUGGUUCAAAAGCCUCCCCAUUACAGUGAAGGUUGAUGUUUAUAGCUUUGGGAUUCUGUUGUUGGAGAUGAUCUGUUGCAGAAGAAGUUUUGAAAUGAAAGCAGAGAAUGCAGAUGAAAUGGUGUUGGCGGAUUGGGCUUACGAUUGCUUCAGAAAGAGGAGAGUGAAGAUGUUGGUUGAAAAUGAUGAGGAAGCGAAAGAAGAUAUGAAGAGGGUGGAGAAGUUUGUUAUGAUUGCAAUUUGGUGCAUUCAAGAGAAGCCAUUGUUGAGACCUUCAAUGAAGAAAGUGAUACAGAUGCUUGAAGGUGCUGUUGAAGUUUCGACUCCACCCGAUCCAUCACUUUGCUAACAUAAUUUUCUUCCAUGAAUAGUUCUUAGUUUACGAAUGACUAUUAAUUCACGUGAAUAUCUGUUGAAAAUGUGAAAUUAUGCUUGUGGCAGAGGCAGAUUUGUAAUAUACAUUGUUGGUUUAUUAUUAAUUAAAAUUCUCUUUGGUUUGGUGGCGCA